CCAUCGAGCCAUUGGAAAGUGUAUGAACGGUGGAUCGUCAGUAAAAGAACUUCAGUCGGUCGCUCAACAACCAGUCUUCAGAUUCAUCUGCAAGAGCACAAAGUUUCUAGAGAAAAUAGAUACAAACGAUAGUCUACAGAGUGAUAAAGAUACGGGAGAAAUUAUUCUUAAAAAAAGUUCAAAGAUAGUAUCAAUUUCUAAUGGUUAGUUGCACUGUUCGGAAAUUUUCAAUGCUAUAAUCUGCGAAGGAAUAGACCUCGAUACGGGGAGGAGGUGAUCAAAUCGUUUAAUACUCUUAGUGGAUUUCACGGAAAUAAAGGAUUACCCUACAUCUACGUCCAAGAUACAGAUAAACAUCGGCCGUGGAUAUUUGGUCUCCACAAACAAAAUGGACUGGAAGCUACUAUUAAUCUUUACCAUCACAACUGCACGUUAUAUAAAUGCUCAUCCUGGAAUUCGAACCCCACCUACAGAAUUACUGGAGAAAUUCAACGAAGAGCCUGAGUUAGUUUUAGAUUCAAACGACACCAAAAUCACACCACUCCUGAAAGACGGCAGGGACUUUCCUAAAGUACACAGCAUAUCAAGCACAAACCCCUUCCUACGAGACCUAAAUCGAACAGCGUCACCAUCAAGCACUGAAAAACCAUCCCCAUCAGCACAACCAUCAGUACGACCAUUAUUACGUUUCGAAAAUGACAACUUUCAUCCAGGAGUUGCAGUCCCUCUUACACAAGAGGAACUUGAAAAAGAAAUGAAUGCAGCUUUCCCAUCCUCCACAACCAGGGAAGGUCUCUCAACAUGGAUUCUCCUGAGCGGAACUGCCACAACACCACAACCAACCAAGAAACCAAUGGUUAAACCAUCAAUGCCUUCACCCGUAGCUUCAGCUAUGGUAUCAUCAAUAACACCUUCACCGAGCCGAAAAGAUGAUAAAAUUGCAAAGAUAGAAAAAAUCGAACAAAUUACACCGAAGCCAACCACCUCGCCUACUCAGAAAGUUGUCAGCAAACCUAAACCCAAACCUGCGCCCACAAAGAACAUAAAAAAACAAAACGAAGCAAAUCAUGGUGCUGAGACCAAUUUAGUCAGACGAAAGAAACCUGCCAAUGAAGCUCGACCUAAUGCGGAAAACAAACAAUCUGGAACGCAACAGAAGAAAAAACCGAAUACAACCACUAAAAGAACUACCACUACUACUACCACCACCACAACAACAACAACCCCAGUUCCAGCAACAGAAGUGGCAACUACAUCUGAACAUCCUGUUUCAUCAACAACUGCUGAAACUACAACAUUCCUCAUUUUGGAGCCCAAAGAUGCUGACUUCGAUAUUCCACAAGAUCGCUCACCAGGAUCAACUACCAAGAAACCAAAGAGGAAGAACUCAAAUAAGAAGCACAAGAAGAAGAAUUCAGGAGCUCAUUUGAAAACCGAACUGGCUGAAAAGAAACCAGUGAAUACUAAGGAAAAGCCAUUGUCUACUAAGAUCUACAAUUAUUUGGCCCGUGAAGUGAUGCCAACCGUAGGAGUUGGUCUGGUUGGUCUAGCCUUGACGGCUGGAUUGGCAACUUACUUCCUAGGAACACCUUUUGGUGCCCUCAGACGUUCCUAUGAGGUUGCAGAUAGAAAGGAUGACAUGUACUUCUACAACAACAACGAGGAAUACGCAGGGACCGAUGGACAGUCCGAAGAGGAAGUUUUUGGAAAAGUUAUUGCUGGCAUGCCUGUAAAUUCGCCAUACAGAAACAGUAUUCAGUACUCCAUACACAGACCAAAUCGGUAUGAACCCAAGUAUGCUCGACAACCUCAACAAUAUCCUGUUCACCAAGUGCAACCACCACAACAACAACAACAACAACACAUUCGCUACCGCACCAAUGAACAAAACUACUAUAACCAACAACAGCAAAACAUGUAUUCCAAACCUCGUCCAUAUGAAACAAAUCCACAGAACUAUUUCCGUUAUAAUACAAACGACAUUAAUUCUUACAGGACGAGCAUCCAAGGUGCUGAUACACAGAAGAAGUUCUCCAACUACCCAUCCGACAUGGCAAACAAUGAUGUACAAAUCUCAAAUGAUCCCAGCGUCAAAAUCAAGAUUGUCACUCCAGGAACUACCACAACUGAAGUUGAACCAAUCACAGAUCCAUCGGCCAUUGAAAAUGAUGUCCUUCAUCGAAGAACACAGUUUGUAGUAGGAUCAGUUCAGUCCGAUUCAACCGAAAGUCCAAGUUCAAAUGAUUCACCAAUCUUAGAAUCAGUUCCCGAACAUGGACCACGCAGAAGGAGACGUCGCGCAGCUUUGCUCAAGGACGAUCGUUUGGAUAAAUUCAAUGAAAAUGAAAACGAAAUAGACGGAGCUCUGCCUGACGAUAAACCAUCUGAAGUCGUAAGUGAUAACAAGAAGAAUACUGAGCCAGAGAAGCAUGACCAGAAGAAAACUGAGGAUCUACAGGGUGAAGAUGAGGAUUUCUUUACAACCACCAUAUACCCAAAUCUAGGAGCUAUUGAAGAUAUGGAUGUGACGACGGAAUACAAUCCGGACAAACCACAACCAUUCGCGCAGAGCCUUUUCAACUUGAUUCGAGGCAUUUUCCAACUUAAAGUCCGAAUGGGACUAAGCUUCCUCCAGAACACCACCGAAUCCUUUGGGAAGUAUCUAAGAGCCGUGGAGAAGCGAAUUGAUGAAUCGAAAGUCUUCACUCGAACGCAUCGAAGGACUUCGUUGUUUUAGAUAGAAUUCACAAACUUAACUAAGACUUUCGAUAUUCCUCUCCUACCUCUAAGUGUGUGCAUUUAUUUUAUAUCGAGAAGGACGCGAAAGGACGAAAAUAUUUGACAUGACUUUAUUAUGAUUAUUUAUCACAUUUUUUGCAUCUUUUAUCUUCAUCAAAACUUGGCCCAUCUUAGAAUAGAAAGUUUCAAUGAAUUUUUAGUGUUUGGAUUGCAUUGGCUUCUUCCGCGGGGAACCAAAGGACAUUUUGGAAAUUACUUUUGGAGGAAAAUGGAUUUUCUUUAGGACUGCGGCUGACUUUUGAUUUAUGGAUUCGAUUUAAAAAUAUAUUUCUAGCUUUAGUAUUUAUUUUACCUGUCUAUGUAAGUUAUGAGAUUAUUUUUACUAUUGUAUCCUUUGUAUAAACCAUAAUUGAUUCUAAUAAACAAACUGUGAAGCGUUUUUUAUAAAAAGAAAAGGAUUCACGUCGCAUUUGUCAAA